AUGAAACCAAGAAAGGUACAUGAAGAUGUGUGCAAGGAUCGGAUUAACACUGUUGCUUUUUUAAAAGUUCAUAAAGCAGGAAGCUCCACAGUGAUGAAUAUAUUUCUAAGAUAUGGAGAUUCUCAUGGACUGAACAUUGCAUUACCCAGGGUUCCUAAACCAAAAGAGGACAGUGGUAGCUGGAAUUAUCUCGGCGUAGAUACAUUUUUACAGAAAAAAAGACUUAUUCCAAUUCCUCGAAACGAAACAUAUAGCAUUAUAUGUAACCACGUUGUUUACAGUAAAGACAAAUUUACAGAAAUACUUGGUCAGGAUGCCGUAAAUAUUGGAAUAAUACGACAUCCAGCAUCACAUUUUCUCUCUGGAGUAUAUUAUUGGCAUGUACUUGAUAGAAUAAGAGAGAGAAUAAAGGGAGAAAACGACAAUGAACGUAUGUCCAUGUAUUUACAACACCCGGAUUUAAAUAAACGUCUAAUGCACAAUCGGAUGUCCUUUGAUUUUGGACUCCCAGUCAAAUAUUUUGACAACGAUACUGCAAUUGAUGAAAAACUUAAAUCACUGGAUAAAGAAUUUUCUUUGAUAAUGCUUUUGGAAUACUUUGUCGAAUCUCUGGUACUAAUGAAAAGAAUAUUAUGUUGGGAUCUAAAAGAUAUAUUAUUCAUGCCAAUAAAUGCAUAUUCAAAGAAAAAAGGAAACAAAAUUAAGUUAUCACCAGAUGAUAUCAGCAACCUCCAAAAAUAUAAUUAUGCAGAUUUUAGGUUAUAUCAAUAUUUUGAGACGAAGUUUAUGAGACAACUUAAUAAAACGAGCCACAAUUUCCAUGAAGAAGUUGAAAACUUUAAAGCCGUGCAAGAAACUGUAUCAGUUUAUUGUAAAAAUAGAACAAAAAAUCAACCUGCCGAAGUACUGACAAUCGACGAAACUGUUUGGAAUAACUCUUUUAAUAUAACUGUAAAAGAAUGUAAAUUCAUGAUGGAAGAUGAACUACAUUUAUUGCAGCGAUUAGGAAAAAAAGCCGAAAAAAAAUAUCAUCAAAAAUCGAAAUAA